CUCUCUCAUUAUGCGCUCAUCCGUUCCACCGGCUGAGGGCUAAGAGAGGAGCGCUCAGGAGGAGAGUGUUUGUGCUGAGCGACACGCUGAUGCUGUUUUCUUCAAAAAGAAAAAAAUCCCUGAAAUGUCAGGAGCUGCUUUUGCUUUUGCCAGUCCUCCCUUUCAUUCCCGUUUGCUCCCCCCCCUCUCUCUCUGUAUUGCCGUGUCUGUCCGAUGACUUCUCUCACUGACUCACUCCAACCCUGCUUCAGCUGGCUGAGUGCACUGACACUGGGACCACUACCUGCUGCCUGGGGAUUAAGCGCGUUAUGAAAACCCGGAGCCUAAUUUGUUGUUUCGGCUGCCAGUGAAUGUUGGAUCCUUACAGAGGAGAAACUGGUGCAUAAAUCCUGGCAGCCAAGGCACUGGACACUGGACUGGAUGCUUGAGGAAGCGUAUAAAUGAGAGACCAGAAUGACCAGAGAAAGACAAGAAAGGUUGGACAAGUUUUUUCCUGAAAGGAGAAAAUAAGUCUUACAAGGAUCCGGAUGCAAUGAGAACCUUUUCCUCUAUUUAUUUGGUUGGGAUUCUCUGUCAGGGUGCUGACAUAAGGGAAGAUAGCCCCACAAAUCUCCGCCUCAACUUUCUUGGUUGAUUUCUGAUCACACACAGUUUUUUUUUUGUCUUUUUCUUUCCAUAAGUGUGCUCAGUUCGUGCGCCUCUGUUUCAGUGCUCAUCAGAAGCUACUUGGGGUGUAAGAUACCUCUGCGCUAACAGGUCGAGUGGGGAUUGCGAUCGUUCUCCUCUCCAACUUUUUCCUCCUCUCCGGCACUUCUUCUGACCCGCUUUCAGCUCCAGCGCACCAGCAGGGUGGGGGGCAGCUGCUUACCCUCUCCCAGAGACUGGCUGGGAAUAAAGGUCAUUGAACCGAGGAGCAUUGACAGGCAAGCAGGAAAGAAGAGGAGGAAAAACAAACCCUCUCUGCGAACACAAGAGCAUAUGGUUUAGCGAAAGGCAGCCAGCUGCUUUUGAGCCAUCCCGCAAAUCACGCUACAGCAGAUACAAGUUGCUCUGGUGACGGUGUCAGGUUUGGACGGAUUUUACAUGCUGCGGUCGUAUAUCUCUUCAUAUCCCAAACCAUAAACCAGCAGAGCAAGUCCAGCGGAUACAAAGAAGCAGCUGUGUUGUGUUAAAGGCAGGUCCGGCAAAUCAUUGCUCAGGAGAGCAGCAAAGCCUUAUUGUCCCAACAGGAAACAGCCACAGGGAGGCUAAAAAAGAUGCUUGGCUGUCGCCUCUGAGGAAAAUACUUAUACUUACGUGUUGUCGCUGGGCACCAGACCUUUACUUGGUUUGUAAAGGCUUUGACAAGGAAGACCCCUUGCACUUCCAUCUAACUAUCAGUCAGGGUCACAGGGAAGAAAAAGAGGAUUCCUUUUGUGGAUGUACCAUUGCUUGGAAAUUUUCCGUGUGGAUAUUUGACAAUCCAAGACACCCACAUUUGAACAUAGAAUUUUCUGGUUUAGGUGCAUCUCACAUACAUUCAUUCAAAAAGUGCCCUAACACGCAUUUUCAAACACAUUAUCAUCACCCACUUAAAUCCACGCACAUGUUUGCACUGUAAGUAUAAAGCACACAUACUCACAUUGAAAGUCUUAGUAUUAGUUUGUCUUCUUCCUAGCGGAUGCAGCAGAAUGGAGGUCGUGUGGACAGGUGGGGGGCUGUAGGAGUCCAACAUCUCUGUCCCGCUGUCUGUCCUCUUUCCACAAAUGGGUGUUAUUAUCUCUAAAAAUGUGUUGCUUGGAAACCACUGAAAGCUUGCUGCUGCGAUUCUCUGACAGAAACAGUCACCGGGUCCCCGCCGCAAUACACAGUUGGAACCGCAGCUGAAACACCAAUCAUUACGCACCUUUUUUGCUUUUUGUUUUAUCUUCAUCUUCAUACUCUGCCCUUACCCCACCGCCAUCAUUUUCUCCAACGGGUCUUUGGGCACCCCUCGUCGCCCUCCUCGUCCCAUCCUCUCCUCCACCCUGGAGGGGAGAGGGUCAUUGGAGUGGAGCAUGAGCGGGUGCCACUACCCUUCGCCACCGCCACCAGAGCAGGACCGCAGGUACCAGCACAAGGUAUCCCUGGUUGUGCGCUACUUUAUGAUCCCCUGCAACAUCUGUCUGAUCCUGCUGGCCACAUCUACACUGGGCUUCGCCGUGCUCCUGUUCCUCAACAACUACAAACCACCUCACUUCACACCGGCUCAGCCUCCUGAUGGCUGCAGAGGGAUGUUGUGUGGCUUCGGCGCUGUAUGUGAGCGUGACCAAACUGACCCGGCCAAGGCUGAGUGUGUUUGCAAGAGAGUAGAGUGUCCAUCCCUGGUGGCACCUGUUUGCGGCUCAGAUUCCUCCACCUACUCCAAUGAGUGCGAGCUGGAGAAAGCCCAGUGCAACACACAGCGACGCAUCAAGGUGCUGCGCAAGGGACCCUGCUCUCUGAAGGACCCCUGCUCUGAUGUGACCUGCAGCUAUGGCAGCACCUGCGUCCAGUCGUCAGAUGGCUUGUCAGCUAAAUGCAUGUGCCCCCUAGGCUGCGAGGGCAAACCCAACCAGGUAGUGUGCGGCAGUGAUGGAAAUGACUACCGCAGCGAGUGUGAGCUCCAUCAGCAUGCCUGCAAGAACCAGAAGAACAUACGUGUGCAAUACAAAGAUCAUUGCGAUCCAUGUAAAAAAUAUGACAAGAAUCGGAAAAAGUUUUGCUGGGUGGAGGCUCUCACCCGUCAAGUACACCACCUUGAUCCGCCAGAGUUGUGCACCCCAGAUAACGAACCUCUGUGCGCCAGCGACGGUCAAACUUACCCCAGUGUGUGCUUCAUGACAUCAACCGGCAUACAAAAAGGCGUCAAGCUCAGGAAGAUCCACGCAGGGCAAUGCAGAAGGCUGGACGACUGUGAGGAAGAGUGUCUCUUCAACGCUGUGUGCGUAGUGGACCAGCAGAAUGCUCGCUGCUCCUGCGAUCCCAUCGAGUGUGAUGGCACCUACAAGCCCGUGUGCAGCAAGGACGGCCACACAUACAGCAAUGACUGUGUUCGACGUAAGGCGGAGUGUCUGAGCAAGUCCCUCAUCCCCAUCAAGCACCCGGGGCCCUGUGAUCUCAGCAUACCGAGCCCCUGCUUGGAUAAGGUGUGCGAUCAUGGGGCAGUGUGCGUGGUUAAGAACAACGAGCCAGUGUGCGAGUGCCCUGAGGCUUGCCCACAGAUGUCCGACCCAGUGUGCGGAUCUGACGGCCACAGCUACGGCAGUCCCUGCGAGAUGCGAGCAAUGGGCUGUGCUCUUCAGCGAAGCAUUCAAAUCCAACACAAAGGACCCUGUGAUGAGACUUGUGGGAACUGCUCUUUCGGUGCAAUCUGUGAUGCCCAGAGCGGGCAGUGUGUGUGUGCGUCAGAGUGCGUGGAGUCCCACCAGCCUGUGUGUGGCAGCGACGGCACCACCUACAACAGCGAGUGUGAGCUGCACGUGCGGGCCUGCAAAGAGCAGAUGGAUCUCCGAGUGGUCAGCCAGGGAGAGUGCAAAACAUGCGGCAGCACUGUUUGUGCCUGGGGUGCCCGGUGUGUCCAGAAUAAGUGUGAGUGCCCACAGUGCUCAGGCGAGGCCUUAUCCACAGUGUGUGGAAGCGAUGGCACCACCUACAAAAACGAGUGUGAACUCCGCAUGUCCUCCUGCAUGCAUAAGAAGAGAAUUGAUGUGGCAAAGCCUGGCAGCUGUGAUGAAGACUGUGGCUCAGGCGGGUCAGGCUCAGGUGUGGAGAGCUGUGAACAGGACCGCUGUCGCAUGUUUGGAGGCUCAUGGGACGAGGACGCAGAGGAUGAAGGUUGUGUCUGUGACUUCACCUGCCAAAGUGUGCCCAACAACCCGGUUUGUGGCUCAGACGGCAAAAACUACAGCAACGAGUGUGAGCUGAAGAAGGCCAGAUGUGAGAAACAAGAGCACUUGUUGAUUCAGAAUCAGGGACCCUGUGCAGCGAUUUCAGCCACAUCUCUGCCUGAGCUGGCGGCACCCCAGCACUGCAGUCUGUCUGUGUACGGCUGCUGCCACGACAACGUGACGGCCGCCUUAGGAGUCGGACUGGCUGGAUGUCCGAGUACCUGUCAGUGUAAUGUCUACGGCUCCUACAAGGGGACAUGUGAUCCAGCCACUGGCCAGUGCUCCUGUAAGCCAGGUGUCGGGGGACAGAAGUGUGACCGCUGCGAACCAGGCUUCUGGAACUUCCGUGGCAUUGUGACAGAGAACAUGAGCGGCUGCACACCGUGUAACUGCGACGCCACAGGCUCGGUCCGGGACGACUGUGAGCAGAUGUCUGGUCUGUGUUCCUGCAAGACGGGAGUGAAGGGCAUGAAGUGCAACGUGUGUCCAGAUGGAAGCAAGAUGGGCAUGAAUGGCUGCGACAAAGGUCCUGAGGCCCCAACUUCCUGUGAAGAGUUAGUGUGUAGUUAUGGAGCGUCUUGCAUUGAGGUGAACGGCCAAGCCCACUGCGAGUGCCCUUCACCUGACUGCGAUGAGAAAAACAAGACCAAGGUGUGUGGCUCAGAUGGGGUGACCUAUGCCGACCAGUGCCAGCUGAGGACCAUAGCCUGUAGGCAGGACAAGGACAUCACAGUGCGACACUUUGGACAGUGCACAGAAACCAUCUCUGAGCCGGCAGAUCGACCCACCCCCAACCCCCCCGCCACCACCCCAAGCUCAACCGCUGCCGCCACCAUCACCACCACCGCCCCUUUUCCCUCUAAUGUGGUGUGGGCCAUCCCGCCUCCAAGGACAGCCGAGACAGAGACCACUGAGCAGCCCCCGGCCACUAAACCCUUUUCCACCCUCACCCACAAUCGUGCACGAUCAAACCACCACUUCAUCCACACCCAGCCUCAGCCGCAGUCCACCGCUGCCGCCACCACCUCCCCCUCUCGUAGCAGCCCUGCCCCCUCCACUGCUGCGGCCUCCUUUGAGGGCUCAGGCAGCGGCGAGCCAAGCGGGGAUGACCGGACUGAAGAAGAGGAGGAGCCAGAAGAGGACGUGGGUAGCGGCAUCCCAACAGAGGCCAGUGGGGCAGAGGAGCCUGUCGGUCCCACAGUGGCAAGCACCACUGUACCCACAGCUGAGGACAGGUCAUCCUGUGACAACAAGGAGUUCGGCUGCUGCCCCGACGGCAAGACACCAGCCAGCACUCCAGAGGGCGCCAACUGCCCCUCCACCAUGAAGUUCAGCGGCUUCCUGCACUUGGACCAGGUGGAGGGCCAGGAGAUUUUCUACACCCCCGAGAUGGAGGACCCCAAGUCAGAGCUGUUUGGAGAGACGGCCCGCAGCAUAGAGAGUGCUCUCAAUGAGUUGUUCAGGAAGUCAGAGGUGCACAAAGACUUUAUGAGCGUUCGCGUCCGUAACCUGGCGCCCAGCAACUCCAUCCUGGCGUUUGUGGAGGCCCACUUCAAACCAGAUACAAGAUACAUGGUGGAGGACAUCGAAGGAGCCCUGCUGAAGCAGUUGAAGGCCUCCAAAGACACCAGCAUCGCUGUGAAGAAGCCGGAAGAUGAGAAUAUUCGCUUCACCAAUUAUGGCCUCUCCUCCAUCCCCUUCUUCACCACCACUACCACCACCACCACGGCAUCAGUCACCACAGCUGCUCCCACCACCACCACCACCACUACCACCACCACCAGGCUUCCACCGAACUCUCCCUACAUCACCCGGCGCCCGCCAGGGACCACUCGUCGCCCUUACAGCAGACGUACCACCACAACCUCAGCACCAGUCACCACACCACUACCCACCACCACCACCACGACAACUGUCACCAUACCCGCGCUGCCUCCAACCACCACCAUAGCCCAUGUUAAAAGCAAUGCCCAGAAGCCCUGCAGUUCCCACCCCUGUCUCCACGGUGGCACCUGCGAGGAUGAAGGCAAUGAGUUCAGUUGCAAGUGUCCCGCCGGGCGAGGAGGUUCUGUGUGUGAGAAGGUGAUCAAAUACUUCAUCCCUUCAUUUGGAGGCCAGUCGUACUUGGCGUUCCAAACCAUGAGUGCCUAUCACACGGUCCGCAUCGCCAUGGAGUUCAGAGCGUCCGAGAUGACGGGCAUCCUGCUCUACAAUGGCCAGGAUGGCAAGAAGGACUUCAUCUCUCUGGCUCUGGUGAACGGCAAGGUGGAGCUCAGGUUCAACACAGGUUCAGGGACGGGCACGGUGGUCAGCAAAGUACAUAUUGAUCAGGGCCGCUGGCAUCAGCUGGUGGUGACUCGCAACCGGCGCAACGCCAUGCUCAGCGUGGACAAUGAGCCGCACAUAGAGGGCGAAAGUCCGCGCGGCACAGACGGCCUCAACCUCGACACCCACCUGUUCAUUGGGGGAGUGCCUGAGGAAAUGAAAUCAGAUGUAAGGGAAAGGACAACGGUGGCCACAGGUCUCAUGGGCUGCAUCCGCAUGCUGGAUGUCAACAAUCGGGUGCUCAACCUGCAGGAGAACGGUGGUGACAGUCUGUACGGCAGCGGUGUGGGUGAAUGUGGCAACAACCCCUGCCAACCAAAUCCCUGCAAGAACGGCGCUGCGUGCCAGGUCAAGGAAGCAGAGAUGUUCCACUGCAAGUGCAGCAAAGGAUUCUGGGGUCCAACUUGUGCUGACGUCCAUGAUCCAUGCGAGCCCAACAGGUGCCAUCCAUCCUCCCAGUGCCAGGUGCUGCCCGAGGGAGGCUACAAAUGCGAGUGUCCCAUGGGACGCGAAGGGAGGCACUGCGACAAAGUGGCUGAGAGGAGAGGGGCUUACAUGCCACUAUUCAACGGAGACUCUUACCUGGAGUUGAAGGGGCUCCAUCUCUAUGGACACGACCUGCGUCAAAAGCUCAGCAUGACAGUGAUUCUCAUGGCCAACGACUCCAACGGUUUGAUCUUCUACAAUGGACAAAAAUUGGACGGAAGAGGAGACUUCAUCUCUCUGUCCCUCAAUGACGGGAUCCUGGAAUUCCGUUAUGACUUGGGGAAAGGACCUGCCACCAUCAGGAGUAAGGAAGCAAUCCAGCUGAACGUGUGGAACACCAUCAACCUGGAGCGCUCCAACCGCAAAGGAGAGAUCAUGGUGAACAAGAAGGACCCUGUCCGAGGGGAGGCACCGAAAUCACGCAAGAACCUGCACGUAGAUCUUAACCUGAAAGAGUCUCUAUUUGUUGGUGGAGCUCCUGACUACAGCCGACUAGCGAGAGUCGCUGCACUUACAGAGGGCUUCAAGGGAACAAUCCAGAAGAUCGUUCUGAUGGGUACCCCCAUCCUCAGAGAAGAGAACGCCCUGCGCUCCAGCAACAUAGCCAUGUUCCAGGACCAUCCAUGUUCCCAGGAGCCCUGCCACAACGGUGGUCGCUGCAACCCCCAGCUGGACACCUAUGAGUGUGUUUGCCUCAGUGGUUUCUCAGGGGGACACUGCCAGAACACAAUCUACGAGAAGUCUGCCGGAGAGACGGAAGCCAUCGCCUUUGACGGGAGGACGUUCAUUGAGUAUCACAAUGCUGUUACAAAGAGUGAGAAGGCUCUGCUGGUGAAUAAAUUUGAGCUCAGCAUUCGGACGGAGGCGACCCAGGGCCUCGUGCUGUGGAGCGGGAAGGGCGUGGAGCGCUCUGACUACAUUGCUCUGGCCAUCGUGGAUGGAUAUGUCCAGAUGACAUAUGACUUGGGCUCCAAGCCUGUGGUGCUGCGCUCGUCUGUGCGUGUCGACACCAACCGCUGGAUACGCAUCAAGGCCAGCAGAGCACUUAGAGACGGCUCUCUACAGGUUGGCAAUGAGGCAGCGGUAACAGGGUCAUCGCCUUUGGCAGCAACACAGCUGGACACGGACGGAGCACUCUGGUUGGGCGGUCUGGAGGAGCUGGCAGUGGCCCGUCGGUUGCCCAAGGCCUACAGCACCGGCUUUGUUGGCUGCAUCAAGGACGUGGUGGUGGAUGGUAUAGAGCUUCAUCUGGUGGAGGACGCCUUGAACAGCCCCAACAUACAGCACUGUUCCGCCGCCAAAUAAGUCAGCAGAGACAAAAUAUUGAGAAAAUAAUGGGAAAAAAAAAAAAAGAAAACCUCCCACCCACUUCCUCCAUAGCGCCCAUGUCUCCUACUGUAAUUAUUUUCUAUUUUUGUAUACUUUUCAUCGCUUUUUAUAUGGAAAGAAAAUUAAUAUGUCGUUUUAAUUUUUGUUUUAUGUAUUUUUGUUUUAAUCUGCACCAUUCACAGAACACACUUUCUUUUUCUUUUCUGCUCUGACCCUUUUUUUUUUUUUUUUUUUUUUUUUUUUUGAAAAGCAGGCAUCUCUGUGAAAAAGAGAUAUUUUAUUCUUAUCGGUUUUGUUGUUUUAAAACAAACGCCAGCUUAAACAAAAAAAAAAAAAAGAAAAAGAAAAGCCUGCUCCUUUUCCUCGCUCAUUACUUGAACACUGGUGGACCUCGCUGAUGAUCUCUGGUUACUGCCUUGUCUUGGUGCCAUAUCUAUCCACAUUCCCCAAGCAUGGCCUAUACAUCCACACAUCCAUGAAUAUUUAGACACACAUUCCCGCGUGAGAGCUGAACGCAGUGUACGCUGUAGCCGGUGUGUGCAGUUCUUUGAUGCUGCAGCCAGCUGGCGUCUCCAGUCAAGAAACUCUGUAUUCAGCCCCAGUAGCCCACUGUAUUUUCCUAAUGGGACUUUUCAGAUAUCAGUCAAGCUGCUAUAGUGAGAAAGUACACAGUCGAAACCACUCGAUCAACCCCCAUCUCACAGCGCUAAAACAAAAAAAAAAAAAAAAACAGAAACUCUCCACUCGAUCUGAAUCCCAUCAGAGCCUUUAGUUUUGAAAUAUGACUCACUAACACUGCAACCCGACAUGAUGGAGAUGGAGAGAGCGCUGCGUUCCACAAUGACUCGUAUAUCAUUAGUCAUAAGUCAAGACAUGAAUCAUAGACAUGAAUAAAUGUUAUAAAUAUAGAGUAUAUAAAUAAUACCUGAGACUGUGAAUAUGUAAGAUGGGUUCUAUUUGGAGAAUUGUGCUUCUCAUGUAUUCUUGUGCGUUCUGUUUUACAAUCAGCAGUUGAACUAAUGAUGACCACUAUAAAUGCAUGCACUUCUGCAGUGUUGGUUUGAAUCUGGUUUUCGUUUGUUUAUUUGUUUUUUUCACUAUUUGUCCAAAAACAAAAAAACGUUUCUAACUUGGAAAACGUCACUGUUUGGGGGUUUGGUUUGUUUGCUUUUUUUGCAGUGACUAUAAAAGGGUUCCUUUUUUUCCUCUUAUUUCCACUGAUGUAAUUUCAGAAACUACAGAGCUCAGAAUAAUGUUUUUCUUCAUUCCCUGUAUUUUUUCUUUUUGAACUUUUUGAUUUUUCUCGGAAGCGGCUAGUUUUGCAGGACCCUGAAUGGUGCAUAAGGAUGAAAAGUUAAUACCAUAUCUGACCUUAAGGAGGUGCUGAAAGCAAAGACUGAAGAAGAGGACAGACACAAAGGAGGGAAGAAGGAGAGAUCUUAUCUUGGAGAGAGCUACUGCUCUUGGGAAUGUCCUGUCAGACAACACAAACAAAAAAGCUUAAAAAAAACUCUGCCUGAGACUUGUUUUCUUUUCGUAUUUGACCUAGGAGCAUUCCUGGAGGAGUCUUUAUUCGGCUGUUGGUGAGAGAGUGACUGUGAUGUUGUUGUGACCUUUUGAAGCCAUAACAGCCGCAAAAAUGGGGAAAAGAUGCAUAAUCUUUCAGUACUUGGAAAUUAACAUAGUAACGCAUGGGUUUGUAUUACUAGUGCGAAUUCUGUAACAUUCAGUGAACUGAUGCAACAUGGAGUCGUCUUUGCUGAACCACAAUAAGCUGCGAUGACUGACUUAAAGACUCUUGUUUUGAUAUGAGAACCUUGGCAAUAUUCUAAAACAAAAUCAUGUUUGUUCGUGAUCAAGUAUCAAAUAGUCUUGUACGAUUUUUUUUUCUUUCUUAAGUUCUUAAUUUUUUAUCUUUUUUUUUUGCUUCUUAAAUCAUCAACAACCUGUUUUUGUACAGCCCUGCAAUUUUUAAGUGUAAAUUUAGCAAAUGUGUGAUCUGUGGAGGUUUAUGUUUUUAGUAAUAUACACUGGAACCCUGUCUGACUUGUCUGUUCGCCCACACCAUGAUAUACAUAUGUACAUGGAGGGACAGCCCUAAAGCUAUAACUGCGGGUGUGUGUGAUCACGCUCUGAGUGUCCACACCAGACCAGGAAACCCUUAAAUACUAGCACUCGCUCUCUCCUUAGACUGGUCAUGUUUGACCACAUUGUUGUUUGAAUUUGAUCUAUUCAGGUGGCAACACUUAAAAUGAGUGAUUCCUGUGUAUUUGGAUGGACUCAAGAACAAUAAAGACAGCUGCAGUCUAUGAUUUGCGUGAAAACUAUGAAUUGCCUUAAAACUGGUCACCUUCACCUUGAGCAGGUGACAAAUACGUCAUGCAUAUAACCAUUUCCUUACUUUAGCCAGUGUAUUAGCCUCAUCCCCAUGAUGUAAACGAGUAAUAUUUAAUAAUAAUGAUAAUUAUAUUAGUAAUAAUGUCCAUACAUAACAAAAAAAUUUCCAGGGGGCCUCUACAAAUGUCCCCUCUGGCUUUUUACAAAAAAAAUCUCCUAUUUACUGGUUUUUGAAUCUAUUUUCUGUUCAUUAUUUAUGUCUACAUGUGGAUUACCCUCCAUCUCUGGCCUCUGUAAACUACUGUCUGACUGCGCAAACCUCCUCAAAGGGCAGUGCACCGAGUAAGAGUGGCAUGACCUGAACAUUACUAACUUUAUGACCUUUGUCUUGUGUUCCUACCACCAUGAAAUAAAAUGUCAACCAAAUGGA